CAGAGAUUACACACACAUAGACGCGCACACAUAUAUUUCACACAGGGUGCUGUUCUUUGACUCAUCAAGACAGGAUGCGCUUCUUUAAACACAAACACAACCCCGUGCAGAGGUCUCGGCCGGGCUCUACGUCAAGCUCUGCCUCUAGCUCUGCCUCUAGCUUAACGUCUAGCUCUAAUUCUAGCUCUAAGUCUAGCUCUAAGUCUAGCUCUAACUCUAGCUCUAACUCUAGCCCUACGUCUAUCUCUCCUUCGACUUAUUCGCUGGAUGCUGAUUCAGUGGUACUUUACUGCCUCACAUGCGAUCAGCCGCUCAGCAGCCAAUGUGUGAUUAAGGGCACACACCGGGAUCAUCACCUGAAAGACCUGAAAAGCGUGGUGCACGAUCAAGUGAAAAAAUUAAACGAACUGUCCGGGAAUCUGACAUCCAGAGAAAGGAAGUUUGGUGACCUGACACCGAGGAUUGCAGCAGCAGAGCGUGAGCUGGAGGAGAUGUGCAGCAGGACACAGGAGACGCUUCAGCAGGAGUACCAUACCCUGCAGACUUUGAUCGAGCAGAAUCAGCAGCAGGCUUUUUUCAUCCUGAAUGUACAAAAGCAAACGAUCAAGCGGCAACUCCAUCAGCUGCUCGAGGACACGCAGAACUACCAGAGCAAGUCCACAGCCAUGAGUGAGGACAUAAAACAGCUUAGCAGCAGACAGGAGCAUGAAAACCCAGCCAGCCUGCUGGGAGAGAUCAACACAGUUAAAACCAGCCUGCAUACAAUAAACAAGUUUUACUCCUCUGUGGAAAAGAAGCUUAAAGUCGAUGACACAAGAAUAAAAGCUCUGGAAAACUCCGUCAAGAAAAUAGUGGAAAAAAACAAAGAGCUUCUGCCACGGCCAUGGGAAUUUUCAGAGACUAUUACGUUGGAAGAGAGUAAAGAGGAAGGAAAUCUGCAGAUCUCAGAGGACAAGACAGAGAUGUCAGUGUGCCCAUCAGACAGCCUCAGUUAUACUUCUCGGUUAUCAUGGAUUAACCAGCAAGCAUCCCAGAGCUUCAGUAAAGGCCUGCAUUACUGGGAGGUGGAUGUAGGAGGCUGUGAAAGCUGGCAAGUGGGAGUAUUGGAACAAAGCCGGGGUAAAGGCAUCCACAUUUUAGCCGUGUCCCAGGAGAGGAGUUCAUGGGUUCUGGAGUGUGAUGGUGGCGAGCUCUCUGUGCUGUACAACAACGAAUUCAGCAGGGUCAAGGAGAGCAAUGUUCAAACCCUCGGCGUCUUCCUGGAUUGUGAUAAAGGACAACUGAAGUUCUACAAUGUCAAUACAGGCUGCAUUCUGCACUCAUUUAUUGCCAAGUUCAAGCAUUCUGUUUGUCCUGUGUUCAGCAUGCGUCCACAGAAAGACAGUAUGGCACGACUGAAGAUCUGCAACCUGAUUGAUAAUGAUGACAGCACACUGGAUACAAACGCCUAUGAGACAGUGAGUGAGGAGGGUAUAGACGAGCCUUACGAGAAUUCAAAUUGGGACCUUGUUUAAAAUAAGUGUUUUAGCAGGUAUAUUUAUUUGAUGUACUGUCUAUUUAUUAAAAGUACAUUUAAGCCAUAUGAAAAAUAUUAGUGAAUCAUAUUUAUUUAUAUCAAGUACUGUAAAAAUGUCCAUGUUUUAUUAAAUAUUUCAGUGAUAGAUACAGUAUGUCUGCAUACCUAAAAGUUUGACCUAACUGAGAAGUAACAAUAACAUGUAUCACCUUUCAGAUGAAAUGCAAGCCAUUUCCUAGUGUUAAAGUGGAUGUUUCAUAUAAAGUUUUAAAUAAGCCGUUACUGCAAGUGAUCCUUGUGUAUU